AUGCCUGAAACUGUGGCAGCAGAAGCUAAAGGGCAUGGUGUGUCUGAAAAAGAAAGAACUGCACUGAAUAAGGUGUUUUCAUCAUUGUGUCCAUUUCAUGAACAGCUACUUCGAAGUAUGUUAAAAUUUUUGGUGCCGUCAAAAAGUAGUUCAUAUUUGUACUGUAACAAAUGGACAUGUAGUACUUUUUCAAGAAAUCAACCUGGCUGUAUAAAAAAUAAUGCUGCUAAGACAUACUACCUUAGAAGUCAUAAGACGAUGAAUAAAGAUUAUUUGUCAUCUCUGGAAUCAGAGGCUUGUUUUCCACCCACCUGCACCUGCAUAAAAGACUAUUUGCCUUAUCAGAGUUCAGAUAAUGGAUGUAUUAAAAUGGCAGUCAGUAAGCAAAAUAGUACAACUUACUGUCUUCAGAGAUACACAGGCCUGAAGCAUCAUUAUGGUGAUUGCCCCCAUGCAAAAAUUUCCACAGCUUUCUCCACUUCAGAAGUCUGUGAUCAGCCAAACAGUGCUAACAUAAACAGCAGGGUAUGUAGUCCAUCACCUCCUCCAUUAUCACCAGUGCAAAGUAAUUCGUCUGAACAUUAUGAUGAAUCAAAUACUGCUUUUUCAACAUCUGAAAAUAAAAAACAAGAGCCAACCACUAAAUUGCCACCAUCUCUUUUUCCAGUAGAGAAGUGUGAUAAUCAUGUAUUUCAUAGCAGUAUUUAUACAGGUGACAAGAAUUGUCAAUUUGAACAUGAAAUGCAGACAUCCAUUAAAGAAUUUAACAAAUUUUCAACGUACUCCAAGAACAAUUUUGAAAAAGAUGAAGGUUCUAUCCUGUAUCAAACUGCAAUGGAAAGACUCAAUGAAAAAUUUAAAACAAUAGAAAAUACAGUUAAAGAAAUGGAUCUUAGUAACUGUAUAAAACAUGAGUCUAACCAGGAACAAAGUCAUAGUGUCAGAAAAUUGUUAACUCUUUUAUGCCAUGCUGAAGGGGAUGAUUAUGACUUCACUGAAUUACUUCAGCAGUAUGAGAAAAAAACUGAAAAGAAAGUUAUUCAGACACGAUUUAGAAAACGUCAAGAAAAUCUUAUUCUCAACUCUUCUGAUCCUGUACACUUAAGAUGGAAGACAUUGCAGCUUAAGAGAGAAUUAGCUAGUCUUAAUCAUACUUUUGCAGUGGGAAGGUUUGUAUGUGAACAUACAAGAAAAAAGUCAGUCCCAGAGGAUGUAAAUGGAUCAUGUAAUAACAGUAAAGCUGUGGGAUUGUUGAAUGAAAAAUGUUUGAUUUCUGCAGAUGGCCCUAGUAGUUCCUUAGGUAGUUUAGCUUUGCAUGACAUGAGAAAAAAACAAGAUAUACAGUGUCAAACAGAAUCUCUGCAGUACUCUGAAAUUCCUAAAAAUGUUUCAUUUUCUGAGAUGACACAGUCAGUUAUAUUUGAUGGCUCUUCUGGCCCAAUAGUAAAAUCAAGCAGCAGAGAAUUCUCUAAAAGAACAUGGACGAAUGUAUCUAAAAAUGAAAGUUUUAAAUGCAAAAAGCAACUACGCCCUUUGAAAAGGGUAGACACACGUGCCUUAUUAAAUAGAACCAGAAGAAAUAUUGUGCCUCCAGAAAGAUUUUCUUUGUAUAUAACUGAACCCAGGCAAAUGUACAAUAAUGCUUAUUUAACAAAAAAAUGUUUUCAGCAAAGGUCUCCUAGGGGUACAUUUUGUUUUGAAGGCAGUCAGAAUAAGUGGGAAGAGAACAUGUAUUGCAGAGGUAGUGGAUCUGCUAAAGAUCUUCCAAGUGGGCAAAAAGAUGAAACCACAGUUUCUAAAAACUCUUGCAUAAAACUUUUAGUGCAUAUUGAGCCUUUAAAAAACAUGGUAGUCAACACUGCUGGCCAUACUGCCGCUGAGAGAUUGUCUAAAAAACAUUUACUUUCAGAAGAAUGUAAAAUGAGCAGCAAUUCUGAAGAAGAUGGAGGCAUGCAUAAACACAGAGAGAAAAACAUGAAGAAUAAUUUACUGCAUUUUUCAAGUGGAGUCUCUGAAGAACAUACCUCGCCCACAACAUCUGUUCAGCUGUGCAGUUUUAAAGAAAAAGUUGAUUCAUUUUUGGAUGCUGACAGAAAAAUACAUGAAACUGCAUCACAGAAGAAAGAUGCAAAAGUGAAAACUGGUACAGUUCGUCAUGGGUGCUGUGGUCGAGUACUAAGAAGUCAGUCUGCUGCAAACCGAAAAUACUGCAAAAGUCCUCAUAGUGAAAAUUGUCAUAGCAUAGGGUACGGGCAUAAUGAACAGUUACCAGGCUCAGAGUCUGACGAAAAGGAUUCUGUGGCAACUUACAACAGCCCAAUAAAACUUAUGUUUCUCAAAGAAGUUAACAGUAGUGAUGGGCUCAAAUAUACAUUAAAAUCUUUUAGGAAUUGUUCUGAUUUUGCAUCUAAUGCUUGUACUUUGGAAACAUCUGCAAAUGUACGCACACUCACAGAAGUAAAUGAUAGUUUGCAAGUGCCUGCAGAGCUUACUACACAUGAAAAAAGCCCAGAGAAAUUUAUUCAGACUUGUACUGUCAGUUAUACUACUAAACAGGAAAUUUCGUCCAGCGAUUGCAUUGGUGUUGUGCAUGGUCACAGUGUUAUAAAACUCAGUGAAAUGGCUGCAGCAUCUCCAAAGACUAUGAAUGAGUCUGAUUUAAAACGGAAACCUGGUCGACCAAUGAAAAUUGGUCCACAAGUUGAAAAACAGGUGAAGAGACCCAUUGGUAGACCACCAAAACCAAAGAUGACUGAAACUGAAGGCGCAGACAGUGGAUGUAUUACAGCAGAGGCCAAAGAAUUCACUCAAUUCCAUCCAUCAGAAGUGGUGGAUGAAAACAACAAAAAUAUUACAGUACCUAUUACAUCCAGAAGAUCAGGAAGAAUUAAGAGACUUGUGUCUAAGCAUGAAAACUGCAUGGGGCCUAUGGACAGAAGUAAUUUGAUAACAAAAUCCCCUGACGUCACCCUAAAUAUUGCAGCCUCCAGAUUCAAUUUGCAAAACAUGAAAAAUCAUAUGGAGGGUGUUUCAUCUGAAAAUGAAUUGGAACAAUGCAGCUAUAACACUGUGAGACCUGUAAAAACUGAUUCUGUUUUACCUCAGCAGAUCUUUAGCAGCUCUGUUUGUCCACAUGUCAAGACAUCAUUACCAUUGAGAAAGCCAAGAAGACCAGCAAAGGUAAAGAGUACUGGUAUUUCUGUGACCAUUGAUGCAAGUACACCUCAUGACCAAAAUGUUAGAAUUAAUGAGAAGUUGCACCAUUUGGAAAAAGAUGCUUUAAUGUUGCAGAGAAAAAUGAUAGCAGAGCAAAAACCCAUUCAACGGUUUACUGUAGCAGACAAACUAGACUUUAUUAAAAAUAAUUCUGAAGCACACCAUUCAGAACAGAUAAAGUGCAGCAGGAUGAAAAAAACCACAUUUCCUCUAAGACAAUCAACUAGAAUCAAAAAACCAUCACUGCAGUUCUUACAUUCAGUAGCAUCUAUGAGUUCAUUUACUAGUAGCAAUGUAGCAGUGCACAAAUCUGGUAGAGUUUUAGUUAAUAAAGCAAAUGCUCCCCUAGGAAGAAGUAAUCUGUUAAGCAUGGGAGAAAAGUCAGACGUUAUUACAGAAGGAAAUAAUCAGAUAAACAUAUCAAAUUCUCCCAAAGAAUUAUUAGAAAAUACAUUUCUAGCAAAUUCUGUGAAUUUUCAAAUGGAACCAGAUGAACUAAACCAGGUGCUUAAAUCCUCAGCAAAUCCAGUCAUUAAAUCAGAUACCUCAGUCAGAUGGUGGCCUAACUCACUUUCAUAUGAAGCUCUGAUGAACAGAUUAAACAACAGGUUUGAAGAAAUAACUAAUAGCUGGAUUCCUGUGAAUGAUUUAAACCCAGAAAGCAGCAUUUCUGAAGAAAAGAAAAGUGCACAACGUGACUAUACAUUAGCGGUAUCAGAUCCUUUCAGUUACCAUCUUUUGGAAGUUACUGUCACUCCAGUUAAAAUGCUGUUUCAGACAAAAUAUGACAUGAAUAAACUGUGCACUUGGUUUAUGCAAACAACUGAAACACGCUCUCUGCCAAUAAAAAGAAAAGAAAAUGCACGCAGUCCUUUAAAAAUAACUAGCACUAAAGAGAUUAAGUUAUGUGAUAAGCAGAUGGCGGUUAGUCCCAGUCCUCAGGCAGAACGUUUAAAAAAGCACCUUAAGAAAUUUGCAUUAGCUUCUCCUGCAAGGGCAUUUGACCAGAUACAAGUUCACAGCAACAUGCUCCAAUCCAAAGGCAUGAAAUUUAGAAACAGACGUGCUGCUAAAAUGAGACGUGCUAAAUUGUGGACGUUUUGUAAGGAGAAAUUUUGGCAGAACUGUAAUAUAACAUGCAAGACUGUGCCUGCCAGUUGUAAUCCUGUUAGGAGAAAUUUAAAGUUUGAAUGCCAAAGCCAUUCCUCAAAGACAGGAGAAAAAAAACUAAGCUGCUUGUCUCAUAAGAAAAACUGCAAUAAAGCAGAAACAGUGAUGACUUUGUUUAGUAAUGCAUGUAAAAACAAAGACAUGGUUCCUCAGGAAGUAAUAGCCAUACCUUUUUUAAACAAGAAUGCAAGUUUAACGAAAGUUUCUCAAGAGGGAAGGGUAAAUGAAAUACCCCAAAACAUACUCAAGAGUAGUGAAAAAUGUAGUGAUCAGGUAGAAAACAUGCACAAAAAUAAUGGUAAGCCAAGAAAUUUUAGAGAGUGCAGAGUUUUCCUAAGGAAAAUGAGCACACUGGAUGAGAAAAACUACCAGAUGGAUUUAGUCCAAGAAAUGCUUGGACCAGUUGAAAAUGAUGAAAAAAUUAGCAGUGAUAAAAAUUAUGCUUUAAGGUCACAUGCACUAACUGUUAGUAGGGAAAGUGUUUUAAUAACAAAGAAUAAAGAUGCAGUAGGAAAAUCCAUUACUAAAAGAAAGCUGCGAAAAGUACUGCCAAAAAUUGUUUUGCGUUCUUUUGGAAAGCCAAAUGACCAUAUGGGUAUCCCUGAACUUACUGUGCGUAGCAUUUGUAGGAGGUCAAAAGAAAGUAAUGCUGCAUCUUAUGAAGUUCCAGCAUUAGUAAAUGAAAGGAAAAGGCAACGACCACAAUGGUGCAAUAAAGACUUGAAGAGUGCUAAAAAGCAAAGGCGACAAUCAUGUUAAUGAAAUGAAGACAAAGUCUGACAUCAAACUAGCCUGUUAUAGAUAAAGAAAUGUUUCGAAGCAGAUGUCAGAUUGGGUUCAGGAAUGAAAAUAUCAUUUGAAAUCCCAGAAGAAGUGCCUUAAUCACCGACCUUCUAAAUGGUGCAUGAAGUAAAAUAUAGCAACAACGUCUCUGCACAUUACAACUUUAUAGUGGUAAACUCUUAGAUGAUAGGAGGGGGAGAAGAUUUAAAUGGUUGCACUAUAAAUUUUAUUUGUACAUAAUUCUGUUUUUUCCUUGCUAAAAUUUCAGCAGCUGUUACAUGUAGCCUGAAAUGUUACCAAGUG